CCGAAAAAUUCUACGUUGUUUAGUGACAUAAGACAUAAUUUAAGUCUAUUUGUGUUGAAAAUAACUCUCGAAUAGACUCCCAACUAUGCAUAAUAGUCGAAAGAAUUAUAAUCAAGGAGAUGUCCAGGCCCUAAUGCAGAGAUGUUUUAUCUACGCGACGUGUUUGGGUCUUGUAGUGAUUCCACUAGUUUACUUCGCAUGGCCUUCGAGAUCAUCUAAUUCAGAUAAUGUAAAUGCUCAAAGCAUUGAUUUCUAUCACAGAUCUGGUCUAAAUACGAUGUAUAACGAUACUUAUCCUCUAAGCUCAACCCAAAAGAUUGCGAAUGGUAUACGAUUUCGAAUAGGAAUCAUAGCAGACUUGGAUGAGAAUUCAAAAUCUUCCACCAAGAAGAACACUUGGACUAGCCAUUAUAAACGUGGUUACUUGACCCUUACAAACGAUCGCAAGGUAUCUGUGGAAUGGGAUGAUAAGCUAGUCGUGCUGUCCUCGACUCUGUCUCAAAAGGGCCGUGGGAUGGAGCUUUCAGAGUUGAUAGUUUUUAAUGGUAAACUGUAUGCCGUAGAUGACAGGACUGGGGUGCUGUAUCAAAUCUUGAAUGAGCAUGUAGUUGCCUGGGUGAUCCUGCCUGAUGGAGAUGGGACUGAGGCCAAAGGGUUCAAGGGUGAGUGGCUGGCAGUCAAGAGCAAAACUCUUUACGCAGGGGGACUUGGAAAGGAAUGGACGACAACUGAAGGGGUAUUUCAGAACCAUAACCCACAGUGGGUGAAAAGUAUUGGGGUGAAUGGAGAUGUAGUCCACCAUAACUGGGUGCCAAGGUACAAUGCCAUGCGAGCUGCACUAGGAAUCAUGCCACCUGGAUACAUAAUCCAUGAAUCAGCCAACUGGAGCGACAAGCACAAAAAGUGGUUUUUCCUACCCAGACGAGCUAGUCAUGAAUCUUAUAAUGAAAAGGAUGAUGAGCAUCGUGCCACCAAUGUUCUUAUCAGCUGUGAUGAGCACUUCAGCAACAUUCAUGUGCGCACCAUUGGCGAGCUAAACCCUACUCAUGGCUUUUCUUCAUUUAAGUUUAUUCCAGGAACAGAUGAUGAAUUAAUUGUUGCAUUGAAGACAGAAGAAGAUAAAGGUGUCAUAAGAUCAUAUAUUCUUGCUUUUGAUAUUUAUGGACAAAAACUCAUGAAGGAAACAUUAAUUGGAGAAAAUAAAUUUGAAGGAAUUGAAUUUAUAUGAAGCAGAAAAACCUCAGUUUUGCUUCCAGCCAUAUAAUUGAUAAACCACAAAAAAAUUAAUUCCAUUUUUUUAUCAUGAAUGAAUUUAGCUUUUUAAUCAAGUUUACUGCCUUUAACCUUAAAAUGUUUUGAAUGGUUAUCAAAACAACCUCUGGCCUGAUCUAAAGUAGGCCUUAUGGAUAACUCACGGAUUAAGUUAAAAUUUGGCUUGUCGGGUUUGGUGGAGGAAAGAAAACAAUAAAACCCCGAAAAAAUCCUCGAAUCAGGGAAGAUAUUCCAAGCCCAAGAUUUGAACUCAAGACCCCUGGGUUGAGAAGCAAGUGAACUCCUACAGUACAAGUACUAUGCCACCAUUAUUUAGCAUAAUGUCUACAUUCUAUAAAGCUUUUCUAAAUAACUUAUUAAAAGAAAAUUGAUGCAAUCA